CAUACCUGUCGCGCUCUCGGACGAUGGCCUCAAAAUUACAGGGCGCCCUCUAUUGUAUUCGUGAAAAGAAGCCGGGGUUUACAUAAUCCACAAUCUACUCGUCAGUGUCGUCACCUACGCUGCACCUCUUCGUUAGAAAGUUUCAGGGGAAUCGUUUAUGAUGGUGUCUGCUGGUGUGGUUGCCUUGGCAACCAGUGCAUCAAUUCUGUCCGUGUGUCUGGCAGCUUUUAUCCUUGCUGUAGUGUUUCUGCACUAUCAGCAUCACAAGUACCGUCAUAUUCCAGGGCCAAAAAGAAAAAGCUUUUUCUUGGGAAAUAUUCAAGAUUUCAAGGACCGUGUAGCUGAAGGCGGACUGUUUGAGGAUGUCGUCAAGGACUGGAGCGAUGAGAUUGGGCCAGUUUGCAUCGUUUGGUUGUUUCACCGAUGUAUGGUCUACUUCCAUGACACCCGGGCCAUUAAGGAAAUCCUUGUGUCCGGGAGUCUCCGGUUCCCUAAAGGCUGGACCUAUGACGGCGUCGCUACCAUCUUUGGAGCUCGUUUCCUGGGCCGAGGUCUGGUGACUGAGAGGAACCAUGCACUAUGGCUCAAGAGACGGGAAAUAUUCAACCCGGCCUUCAACCGUAGCUACCUGAAGACUUGUAUCAAUCAGUUCAAUGCUAGCUCGGAUUUACUGGUGGCCUACCUGAAGUCCAAGGCCGAUGGCAAGACAGCUGUGGCACUUCUACAUGAGCUGAACAAAGCUACCAUAGAUAUCAUAGCUAAGGUUGCUUUUGGUUCCGAUUUCCACCAGUUUGAUUCUGAGAAGGUCACCUCGUUUAAUGAGGAAUUCGAUACGGCCCUGAACGGGAUGAAAACACAGUUUGAGAAGCCGUGGCACAAGCUCAACCCAUCGAGAUCAGCGCGGGAAUACCGCAGCAAGGUUCGCAAGGCCAUCGGCAAGUUGAGAGAGACCGGCAAAGUGAUCAUUGGGAAGCAGAUGAGCGCUCUAGGACGAGGGGAGCAACUGAGUAACAACAUCUUGUCCUUCAUCCUUCAAGCCUGUCAGCUUUCCACCUCGGGAGGGCUGGAUAUGGAAGAGAUGGUGGAUGAAUUCACCACCUUCUUUCUGGCUGGCAAUGAGACAACUGCCAAUCUCUUGGCCUCCGCCAUGUUAGAACUUGGUCAGCAUCCAGAGGUCAUGUACAGACUGAAGACAGAGGUAGAUGCUGUUGUUUCAGAUAAAGAAUUCAUCCCAUAUGAGGAUCUGUCCAAGUUGGAAUACAUGGUGGCGGUCCUGAAGGAGACACUGCGUAUUCACCCCCCAGCUGCCGGUACGGUCAGAACCUCCAUAGCAGACACGGUGAUAGACGGUAUCAAGAUACCCGCUGGCACUACACUGGGUGUAUCCUUUCAUGCUGUGGGCCGAAGCGAGAGAUACUGGAAGAAUGCCCUGCAGUUUUCUCCGGACCGUUUCCUUCAUGGGGAUGAAAGUUCCACAGGUGCUUUCAUGCCGUUUUCAAUUGGCCCCAGGAACUGCAUUGGCCAACAGUUUGCAUUGAUCGAAGCUCGCGUGCUGUUGGCCAAACUCCUGCAGGCUUUCAACUUCAGUCUGGUUCCGGGACAGGACUUGGGAUUCAUUGUGGAAACCACCAUGAAACCGAAGGACGGAUGCCAGGUCUUGAUAACACCAGUUGAGGGCGGUGUUCAACAUCCAACCAGCAGCCAGUAAUCACGGAAACACCAAAUAGCUCUCAUCAUUGGACAUCAUGUGGGCAAUAAUAUAAGAUCGGAUGGCUUCCAGGGAAUAUACAGGAAUACAUUGCAUGAGCUGUAACAGUAUAGCACUCGUCUGUGCUUUGUGCAAUAUUGUUAUAGCGAGUGCAAUAUAUUCUUGUAUUCCCCCCCCCCAAAAAAAAAAUCCAAUAUUAUUAUUUAUAUCAGGCUGACUUGAUCCACAAGCAAUAAAUUUCAUGACACUGUCUUUAUUUCUCAAAUUUCGUUGAAUAUUCUUCGCUUACCGAAACAAAUUUCUCACCGCUCGAAGCUGCCAUUCUGGUGGUUGACACUAACAGUGCGCAUACACCCUGCUACACGCUGCGUCCACGUAGGACGGUACCACAUGCUACGCUCAGUUGACUGGUUGACAAGUGUGAAUUUCUACACUCUUGAUUGAGCGGGAACCAGUGAAAUUUGUUAGAAAUGCCUGGAUGAGGACAAUAUCAAAAAUAAUAUUGUCCUCAUCUGGGUACUUUUACCGACAUAAUAUUGCAGUCAUCUGGGUACUUUGUACGAAAACAUACAAUACGCUGAUGUAUUUGUACCACUUGAAGCCUGAUAUAAUAAUAACGAACAUUGGUUUAAAAGGAAUACCUAAUUCAUUUUUAAUGUUACCUUGGUUUCCCUGUAACCAUCUUUUGCCCAGUCUUUGUACUGCCAUUCCUUUGGGCCUUUUAGAACUCUUAUUUCCAUAUUCCUGACCAAAGAAAUGAUGCCAUCUAAGACAGAAGCAAAAUGAUUGCCAUUUUUGUGUCUCUGGUAAAAUAUUUUAUCCGUGUGUGCUCAGGCAACAGCACCCUCAGGUAUAAAAAAUCAUGAACAUUGAACAGUUUUAAAUUAGCAAUUUUAGAUAAACUUUUGUGUGGCAUUCACAUUUCCACGUUUCUGUCACCUUUAGGACAAUAAAAUUCUAUGAAUUUUCCCACGACCAAAUUAUGAAAAUCCAUGACCUAGUUCAUCAAAAUGCAGAUCAAAAGUGCAAAACUUGUUCUGUGAAAAGUGCUCAGCAGAAACAACAAAACAGUGCACUUGUCUUUCAAAAUCUCUCACAUUUAGUCGGGAAUAAAUUAUACAUUAUGAGUGUACACAGUUUAAAAUAUCAAAUAAAUUAGUCCUCACAAAAUUCCUUAAUUUUCAUGACUUCUGUCAUUUUUGACAAAUGUCCAUGACUUUUCCAGACUAUAGGAAAUUGAAAAUAAAAUUCCAUUCCAUUUUUUUGCAGAAUGCGGGAAUGCAGGUUCACAAAUAUGUUUAGAAAGAAACAAACCUCAAAACCAAAGAUAGAAUUUUUUCCAACUUGAAAGGUCACCAAAAAACAAUUUAAAAAACCCGUACUAUUGGAGAUUGUAUUAAUUUUGUUAGCUUAACUUGUGUAGUUUGUUUUUUAUUUCUUAAAAGAUUUGAUUUAUACAGUUUGAAAGUGCAACAGGGUAUACUUUUAGCUUUACUAAAAUAGUUUCACCUUUAUUUUAAUUUAA